AUGGAUGAAUGGCUUAACAGAGCCGAUAUUUCAACAUACCUUACUCCAAAGCAGCUGUCUUAAAAUAAUAAAGCUUCAAAAGAUUUCAAAGUUGAAUACACAAAAGAUUAGCAACUACUAAAUUAUAAUGGAUUGAGAGAUAAGUAUCUAAAAUCUUAUUUUCAAGGCGGUCUUGUGAAAAAUCACUUAAUCAAAAUUGGUUUAAUUCUACCUGAUGGUUCUCCUAAAGACAAGAUUUUUGAUUUUAAGCCUCAUUGGAUAAAUUAAUUUGAUGAAGAAAAAGCUAAGAUAAAGAAGGAAGCUGAUAAGUAAAUUAGAAAUCGUAAGAAUAAUUGUAGAAGCUCUCUUGGAGAUCAUAAGGGAUAUUAAGAUGAAUCAGAGCUUUAUAAGUUGCCUCCUCUAUAAUAUUAAAUAAGAAGUUAGACACCAAAAAUAGAAAGACCUAUUAUUAAUAAAAAGCAUGCAUAGAAAGCUUAAUUAAGAUUAAAUACAGAUGAAGAUUAAGGAUUAACUGCUAAUUAGCAGUAGUAAAUAUCACCAUAAGAAUCUCAAAAUGGAAGAAUUAAGUAUUUUAAAGCUGAAAAUAGUAAUUUAGAAGGCUUAAACCAUUUAAAAUAAAGAUAGAGCCAUUUGAAAUAGUAUUUAUAAAAAUCAACAUUUAGAGUAAAUCAAUCUUAUGAUGGAGCCACCUAUGCUUAUGCUGCUAGAAAUUCUUAGAAAAAUCUACAUAAUUAGUAAAAAGAAAAAUCAAUCGAAAUUGAUAACUAAAUGAUAAAUUUAAAACUAAACCCUAAAUAUUAAUAAUAGCACCCACAUCAAGGUAAUUUUAUAUAAAGUAAUAAUGCAACACCUAUCAAAGCUUAGCAAAUAAAUUUUGAUUAAGAAAACUCAACUUAACAAAAUAUUAUUUUUUACAACCAGAAUGCAAAACAAAAUGUUUAUAAUAGCACAUCUUACAAUCAAUCACCAAUUUACUAACAAAAUUAAUAAAUUAUCAUACCUAAUAAUAGAUAUAGUAAUAAAAAAAUAUCUAAAAAUAAAAAUAAAUAAAUAAACCACAAUUAAAACUAGGAAAUUAAAGAUCUAAUUUAGCAAAAUGAUACAACAUAAAUAAAAGGAAACAUUAAAUAAAUUUUAUCAAGUAAAAACAGAGAAAACUAAAAAUAAUUUAAUUUCGAUUAACCAAAUUUUCCAUAAUCGACUAGAUAGAAAAACUUUUAAACAGAUUUCUCAUAAAAUAGGUAGAAUAUUAGAAACAGUAAAGAUUAAUCAUAAAAUUCUGAGAUGAUUCCAGCUAUUCUUAGUAAAUAUCAACCAUCACCAGCAAAUAAAUAAAUAACCACUAAAUUACAUGCCCAACACAUGCAAGAUAUGUAAUAAAAAUUUAAAACUUAGCCUAAUUCAAUUACUUAGUCUCCUCCAAGCAACUAAUAAGGAAUAAGUACUGGAGAUGAAUCUGAUAGCAGUCACCCUUCUAAAUAAUGUGUUUAAUUUAUAAUACAACAAAUAAAUACAAUAGAGUAUACUCCCUAAAACUAAUCUAAAGAUAAAAUACAAAGUUCUAAGAAUUAAUAACUUCCUAUAUUCCUUGUUGAUGAAGUUAAAAAAGAUGAUUCUACUAAAUUUAAAGAAUAUUAAAUAUAAUCAAAUAUAUCCUAAAAUUCAUUGAGCCCUUACAGAUAAAGUAACUAAGAAGCUUUAAACUCAAAUAAAAUAUCUAAUCAUAUGAAUGUGAUGCAAAUGUAACACAUGCAAAAAUAAUAAUUACAACAAGAAUCUUCUAAAGAUAUUCUACAAUAGUCUGAUGCUCUGUAGAAAAUGAUUCUAAUGCAAUAAAACAAAGGACAAUAAAGGAGUGUAAUUACUUAAAAAUUAGUUUUACCUUAAAGCAUUAGCGUAGAUGUAUCAGAAGAGGCUCUAAAACAAUAGAAAUUGUCUUCUUAAUACUAAAAUUGUACAAAUAAAAUUAAUAAUAAUUGA